AUGUCUGUAGAAGCAGCCAGUAUUAGAUAUUUGAAAUUUGUCAGAAAUCCGAAUAAAUGGGAUCGCCUCCUCAAGGGAUUUCUAUACACAACGGUCCUGCGCUUUACGCAUUCAAAGGGUCGCCCCGACUCGCUUGAUGUCAUCAGUCCACCUGGUGAGUGUCUACUCCGCAUUCAGUGGGUCCCCCCGACUCGCUUGAUGUCAUCAGUCCACCUGGUGACGGUCUACCGACAUUGCGCUUGCCGGUUCGAGAUCGCCAUUAAAGACAAGCACCUUGGGACCCCAAAGUCCAUCGAUUCGCCCAACUAUGGCAGUGUCGAACUAUCGAAUUUGUCGGAUUAUAGAGUACUGCCUAAGACCCCCUUUAGUCCGAAUUUAUUUACAAAAGAGUACCUUGUAAUCCGACAAAUUACAGAUCCAAUGAUAAGAUUACAAAUCAUACUUUGUUAUAAGAAUUUCGACGUGGCCGUCAGGGCCGCGGUAGCACAAUUGGUCAGUGCCCGGAUAGCGAAAGGUGUGGGUUCGAGUCUCGUCUGCUGCCUGUAUAAGGUCCCCCUGACGUACAUUAAAACCGGUAGCGUAAAUUUCAAUUUUCACGUACAUGUGCUUGUAAAAGCCUUAACUGAAUAUAUACUUGGUUCCCAUGUCGAGGAGCUUGAUGGCGCAGGUGCUGCGAUCGUUGUAGCUUACCAACUUUCACAGUGUUCGGUCAUUGGAUGGGUGACCAAAAAUUUACUAUCUCGAACUCCUUCGUGCAUCAGAAGGCACGUUAAGCCGUUGGUCCCGGCUGCAUCUGCAGUCGUGUUGGCAGCACUGGCAGUGUCGCUGGCCCCGUUCUCAGCAGGCCUGGGUAAAGGCUACAGCUCGCCAGCCAUCGCCUCGCUGCAAGGGCCCGGGGCCAACGCGACGCGACGAGACUUCCAGCUGACUGACCAGCAGGCGUCUUGGCUGGCGUCACUCUCGUUUUUAGGAUGGCCCAAAAGUCGUCUUAAUGAUGACAACAAAAAAUCGUUUGACGACCUCCGUGGCCGAGUGGUUUGUACGCCGGGUUUCAUGGUGUCGCCUACUCGAGAGGUCCCGGGUUCAAAUCCCGGUGGGGGCAGAUGUUUGUGUGAUGAACACAAACAUCUGCCCCCACCGGAUGGACCGGACGGACCUGCCAAACAUGUAUGGAAGCUGAGCAAUCUCCUUUUAGAAACUUCUUUUCUUAAAUUUACUUACAUUAGGUGCUCUAUUCGGUGGCAUGGCCGGCGGUGCUGCGAUGCGGCACGGGCGCCGCCGCGUGUUGUCCCUAGCUGCGGCUCCCUGCAGCCUGUCCUGGCUGUUGACAGUACUGGCGACGUCGGUCCGGAUGAUGUGCAUUACCGCCUUCUUGGGGGGCUUCUGCUGUUCCAUACUGACGAUGCUGUCACAGUCUGGUGUCCUUUAAAAGAAGCAUUUCUGCAGGCCGGCAAGUACUGGCUACUUCUGUCAGUAUUAUAUGCAUUACCGCCCACAAUCUGGGGUCAUUUAAAAGAAGCAUUUCUGCAGGCCGGCAAGUACUGGCUACUUCUGUCAGGAUUAUGUGCAUUACCGCCUUCUUGGGAACUUCUGCUGUUCUAUUCUUACUAUACUUGCCACAGUGACCCCACUGCUAGGGCACAGGCCUUCCCUACGGCUGGAACAGGGAGAUUGACCACGGUUGAAGCCACGUACUGUAUAGAGAGAAUGGGUCAUGAUGACCCACCACGCGUCAAUGCGGACUGGUUUGUGGUAACAACUGCAGAUGCAGCCGGGACCAACGGAUUUACGUGCCUUCCGAAGCAAGGAAGAGCUCGAGGUCCGAUUUUAAAAAGUCGGGAGGCGUUAUACAAAGAAGCAGUAGAUGCAGACCCCUCUUUCCCAGUGUACAUAAGCGAGAUAUCCGUACCAGACAUCCGCGGUUGCCUCAGCGCCGUGCUGAAGAUCGUCGGCCAUCUUGGUGUCCUGUUCAGUUUCACCAUUGGAGCGUAUCUCGACUGGCAACAACUAGCGCUCUGCAUAUCCGCCGCUCCCUUACUCCUAUUUUGCACAGUACUUUACAUACCAGAAACACCCAGCUACCUAGUCCUCAUCGGCAAAGACGAAGAAGCGUACAAAAGCUUGCUAUGGUUGCGCGGACCUAAUUCUGAUGUUGCCCAAGAAUUAGCCACCAUAAGAACCAACGUUUUAGCCAGCAAGAACUUCAGCCAACGCCAAACUUCUGGCUUCGUGUCUGUCUGGUCUGCUCAUCGACACGGUAGGAAGGCUGCCGCUUCUGAUCGUGAGUUCUGUUUUAAUGUCGAUGGCAUUAGCUGGUUUCGGGAGCUACGCUUAUUACGAAGAGGGGAGCUGUUUCCUUUGGAGUACAGAGCGUUCGGGAGUGCAAUGGCCACGGCAUUUAGUUACCUUUGCGCUUUCGUAGGGGUGAAAACGUUUGUAGAUUUCCAACAGGCGCUGGGUCUUCAUGGCGCGUUCUGGCUGUAUGCUUCGAUUAGCGUCGGUGGUCUAUGCUUCGUAGUUUGCUGUGUUCCGGAGACAAAGGGCAAGGACUUGGAUGAAAUGGACCCGAAUUACGUUCAGAGUUUGUCGCCGAAGAGGUAG